UGCGCACAGGGCUUUGAAGUAUAACCAACUGCUGUCCCGGAGUCAGUGCUGCUGUGGCAUAAUAUAUGAUAGGGAAUGUAAUCCAGGAGCUCCAUGCUGUGUAUUGUUCUCUGUAGAGCUUGAUCCACAAGAAGCAGCGUCCUGGUGCUCCGGACGGGAGGUCGCUCUGAACUUGCGCUAAGGCCAAUUUAUCUUCAAACCGGAGAGCGAAGCGCGGUCGGAGAACGAGGAAGGAAAAAGGGAAAAACUAGUUAGACAGUAAACACGAGAUAAUGUCGAUGUUAAACAGGCGGGUAAUGUAAGUAAAAGGACGCGUGCCGACAGCCAAAAGAAGCGUUUCUGUUCCCCAACUGGAGAUCAAUGGAAGCGAGGACAAACAAAUGGAUAAAGCCGAUAUCUACAGGAAUGGACUGUUGAGGUAUGGUGAUGGGAGGUCGGACGUGCACGCUGUGCCGACUGAAACAGGUUGGUUUCGCCCCGAUCAAACUUCAGCAGAAUCAAACGUGGGACGAUUUGCGCUCAUUUAGGAGCUGAAGAUGAACUGAAAUCACUGCCGUUUACAGCAGCGCGCCUGGAGAUGACAGCAGGUUUAUUAUGGGAAACUGCGCUGUAGCAUUCACUGGACUUUCGCUGGAUUUUGUGGGUUAUCUCAAUCGCUGCAUCUGGGUGAAGGUCAUCCCUUAAUAACUGAUCCGGAUACGCUUCAGAUCUGAGUGUUGUAAGACCACAGAUGGACGCCUUUUGUAAUGGAGCCAAGAAACCUGAGGGCAGUGAUCCCGUUGUAGACUCCUGGCCCCCUCCUGCCAAGCUGGCUCGUCUGGAACAAAACGGAGCGGGACCUUCAGCCCAGGAGAGGAGCAGGCAGGGGAGUCCUGUGGCCAAAAAUCCCUGCCUGAGCCAGAAAACCACUAUAGUGAGGCCGCAGAGCAAGAGCUGGCACAGCAGAGGGAGCCUGCUGCCGGUGUUCUGUGUAGUGGAGCACAAGGAAAGCCCUCUGGAAAGAGAGAGGAGAGAAGAACAUGCUGAGUUUGUGUUGGUCAAGAGAGAUCUGCUGUUUAACCAGCUUAUAGAGAUGGCCCUGCUGACACUGGGCUACUCACACAGCUCUGCUGCACAGGCCAGAGGUCUGAUCCAGGUGGGCAGGUGGAACCCAGUGCCUCUGUCCUCUGUAACAGAUGCUCCCGAUGCCACAGUGGCUGAUAUGCUGCAGGAUGUUCACCAUGUUAUCACCCUUAAAAUACAGCUGCACAGCUGUCCCAAACUGGAGGACUUGCCAGCAGAGCAGUGGAGUCACUCCACAGUGAGAAAUGCUCUGAAGGAGCUCCUCAAGGACAUGAACCAGAGCACCCUGGCCAAGGAGUGCCCACUGUCCCAGAGUAUGAUAUCAUCUAUUGUAAAUAGCACUUACUAUGCAAAUGUCUCAGCUGCCAAGUGUCACGAGUUUGGUCGAUGGUACAAGCACUUCAAGAAGACCAAAUGCUUCAAGGACAUUGAAAGCUUCUCCGACCAGUCCACGCAUAUCACCGUCACCCAGCAGCCGAUCACAAGUAGCCCUGCUGAUCAGAGCUCCACCCUUCUUUUCUCUCGUGGAGAAGUAGCCAACAUAUGUGGCCGCCCCCCACUCGGCCUGCGCCCUCACGGGUUGGUAACCCAACCUCUCAGCUCCCAAAUGGUCAACCAGCAGCUUGUGAUGGCCCAGUUUCUCAACCAGCAGUAUGCUGUAAGCCGCAUGCUAGCUGGCCAGGGUCUCUCACCGUCCCCACAGCAGUAUCUCAACCAUCCGCCUGUAGGAAGGGCUCCUGCUGUCUUCUCCAAACCCCCUGAUUCCCAAGCCCCGCAGCAGGCACACUGUGGUCCAGGGGGAGGCUCUGUAGCCGGGCCACAAAACCAGACAACGGCCGGGUCUUCUGUGGGAUCAACAGAUGUGCCAAAUGACAUCUACCACUGUGUGAGGGAGGAACUGAAGAGAGCAGGCAUCUCCCAAGCCAUCUUUGCCCGGGUGGCCUUUAACAGGACUCAGGGCCUGCUAUCGGAGAUUCUGCGGAAGGAGGAGGACCCUAUGCAUGCCUCCCAAUCUCUGCUGGUCAACCUGCGGGCCAUGUACAACUUCCUGCAGCUCCCUGAGGCUGAGAGGGAGCGCAUCUACCAGGAGGAGAAAGACAGAAGCCUGACUGGAUUCACCCCCAGCUGCAAUAACACACCACCAAGACCCACACAGGCAAGACUGUCCCCAGUUACAGGAGACAGAGGGUUGAGGACAGACAGCUGUGUUCUCAAUGUGAGCGCUUCUAUCUAUGAGGAGAUUCAGCACGAGAUGAAGAGAGCCAAGGUGUCGCAGGCUCUGUUCGCAAAGGUGGCCGCUUCUAAGAGUCAGGGCUGGCUGUGUGAGCUGCUGCGUUGGAAGGAGGACCCCAGCCCAGAGAACCGGACCCUUUGGGAGAACCUGUGCAUGAUCCGCCGGUUCCUCAGCCUGUCCCAGAAUGAACGCGAUGCCAUCUAUGAACAGGAGAGCAGCAACACAACGACACAGCAGCACUGCACUGACAGGCUUACACUGCUCAGCAAUGACAAUACACUGUACCAGCGCAACUCUCCGCUGCCACAGCAACACCAUCUUCAACCCCAUCAACCCCUGCAGCCCGAGGCAGGGCCUCACCUGUCUCCACGGCAACCAUGUGCCGCAUCACCAGCUGAAUCCGAGGCUGGGGGCAACUGGGGGCACGUGAGGAUACGUUUGCAGGGCAGGGGGAGCAGUAAUGGGGACAGAGGGGACGGUAAGGACUGGGUUGAGGGGGGACAAGGAGAAGGGAGCAGUUUAGGAGGGGAGUGGGGUUGUACUGGUAGGGUUCGGGAUAAGGGUACAGAAAGAGAAAGUAAGGAGCAGGUGAGGGAUGGAAAUGUGGGUGAGGAAGGAAUUAAUAAGCUCAUUGGAGACAGCAAAGUAAGUAGGGUGAAAGAGUGGCCUAGCAUGAGGGAUGAGGACCAAGGCAGGGCUGGGGUUUGUUCUGAGGCAGAUAAUGAGAUCCAAGGUAGAGAUCUGGUCCAAGGAGAGGGCUUAAGAUUAUCCCAUGAAGCACUGGGAAUCCUGCAGAGCUUCAUUCAGGAUGUGGGCCUCAACCCAGAUGAGGAAGCAGUCCACACCCUGUCAGCUCAGCUAGGCCUACCCAAACACACCAUCCGAAGAUUCUUUAACAGCCAGGACCACGACCAGCAUAAUAUCCAGAACCCAAAACACAGUAGAGACGAUCAGCCUGGCUGCACAGAGCCGAUCCUCUCCCAGACAGACAUAACGACAGAGAAACAGGAGUUGGAGGGCGAUGGAAAGACCGACACAGGAAAAAAGGAGGACGAAAGGCAAACAGGAAAUGAAGAAAGUGAAAUAACUGUUUUGAAAGAAUCGGAUGUUGGCACUCAAACCAUUCACCCUAUGAAGGAGGAGCAGGAGAGCAACAUCUAACCAAGAUACAUGCUGUGACGUAACCUGGAUGACUCACGCUGUUUUAGUAUCGGAGUGUUAUAUAGGUGUGUAUCCUUAAAUGCUGUGGAAAGACUAAAGCUGACUUAUUGUAUCUGCUUAUACCACAGCUUAGAAGGAUUCUGGUGUUAAUACACAAACAGUACACCUACAUUAUACUUUAGAAAUCUGUCCUGUGAGUUGAGGAUCCCUACUGGAUUCGAAACAGAAAAUAACUGUGGCUAUAUGUGCAGAUAAUGUUUCUGUGUAGAUAUAUCUGUAUGUGUAUGGAGCCUGGAUGAUUUGGACCCCAAAACCCCAAGACCCUCAGAUAUCACUGUUAAAAAAAAAAAAAAGAGUAAUUGCAGUUAUUGAUCUUAAAUUUGAAAAAUCUUCAUGCCAGAAAUGCCUUGUAGAAAGUGGCACUGCCAAUCUGUUCAUUCAUUUUUUAUUAAUGAUCAUUAUCUUCAUUGUUUUUGAUUUUACUAUGCUUUGUUUUGCAUUUUGAUUGUUAUAUCUUUAAUUUGUCUUGUUCAAGUUUGUCUUUUGACAUUGUAUUACAUAUCAAGUUUCCUGAUGCUGUCUUAAGAGAUUCGAUUUUCAAAUUAAUCCAUUCAUAAAUAACGGGAUCCUCUGCAUUUUUGAUUGCAGUGCUUAAUAAAUCAAAAGAUAAAACAACGCAUCAUCCAAACUGAUCAACAGGUUUAUAUUUAAAGUAUCUCUCCUGCAAAUAAGUUGAAUAUUGUUACUAUUUUUCAUCUUUAUUAAAACAAAUUCUAGCUUUGUUGGGAUCUAA